AUGGAUCCCCGCAGUGAGCAUCGCGGAAAUGGACCAUCUAAUACCGCUGCGCAGCCGCCGCCUCUCCGGCGGCGACUAUCGAUGGAGGAGGACUAUUUCUACCAGGAAGUCAUGACUUCCCCUUUACGACGACCAUCACAACCGCCUCCCUAUGAGAGGGAGCCCAGACCAAGACGUCCGCUUGCCGGCAGCGCUGUUGCCAACCAUGGAGUCGGAGAAAGGCUACCGGGGUAUUCGUGCGAUAUUGAGUUGGAGGGCGUGUGGAUGAAAAAGAUGGAGAUUGAAAAUACCACCAAAAGGGCUGAGGACAGGAAUUGGCACACAACUUUCGUGCAACUGCGAGGUACCGCCUUGAAUUUCUACAACGUAAAAAAGGAUUGGGGUUGGGGGAGGACGAGAGACGGGCCGACAAUAUCACCAGACAACCCGCCCUGGGUCAAGAAAUCGUCUCUCGACAAGGCGUACAGCCUCCAGCACGCGGACGUUGGUAUUGCUGCCGAUUACAAAAAGAGGCGAUAUACCAUCCGCGUCAGAGCAGAGGCGGACCAGUUCCUACUAUCAUGCAUAGAACUGACCACAUUUGUCAAAUGGCUGGAAGCCUUGUUCGCCGCUAUCGACGUCGCCGCGCCGAUCGACGAACGUGACUACCCCCGCGACCAGAGCAUUCCGCGCAUCCAACGUAUUCGUUGGUUUCGUGGCCAAACGCCGGCCCAGACAAACAACCACCCCGUGCCUACGCCGCGGCCUAUUAGUCCAGUCCUACGUCAAGUUCCAUCCAACGAGCCUGACCCUUUCCCGGCGUCAACAACGGAGCCUGUCCCCGACGUGCUCGCCGAUCUCAACCGCGACGCACCGGCAGGACUCCCGACAGGACCUCCGGCAGCAGACACGGACUCUGUCAUCGGCCCAUCGCCAGUCCGAAUCAACGAGCCCAUCAGCAGCCGAUUGUCCACGACUUCGUACCCAAAUAUGGCCAUUGAUCCGGACACUGGCAAGUGGGCGCCCGAGCACCAGUGGACCUCCGCCCACGACUUGCUGUACGCCAAGCUUUGCUAUUCAGUGCUCUUGUUCAAGAGCCCACGCAAGUCAAACUACAUCAUCAGCAAGGGGAAGCAGUGGUUCGUCGACUGGGCAACUGGUCGUAUGAUCCGCGUUCUCCCACCAGCCUACGGGGAGAUCGACUUUUUCGGUCCUUGGCAAGUCAUCCAUACCGAAAACAGGAGGAUUUAA